UGUUCAUCAACCGGGAACAUGCCAACAGCUUCCUGGACAGGGUCAAUUCAUUAUCUGAAGAGACAAAAAGAGAAGACCUUGAAAGUGAGUGUGUGGAAGAGACUUGCGACUACGAAGAGAUCCGAGAAGUCUUUGAGGACACGGAGAAGACGAAUGAAUUCUGGAAUAUAUACAAAGAUGGUGACCAGUGUGAAAGCAAUCCCUGCCUGAAUCAGGGCAGGUGUAAGGACGGCCUUGGGGAAUACACCUGCACUUGUCAGGAAGGAUAUGAAGGCAGAAACUGUGAAUUACCCAUGGGAAAGUUCUGCAGCCGGAACAACGGGGACUGUGACCAGUUCUGCAGAGAGGAGAUUUCCGUGGUGUGUUCUUGCGCCAGCGGGUACAUCCUGGAUGAUAACGACAAGUCCUGCAUCUCCACAGGUAGGAGGCGCAUGGGGCCACUUCACCAGGGCUCUGCUCUGCUCAUCAAGGAGAACAAUGAAGGCUUCUGUGGAGGCACCAUCCUGAAUGAGUUCUACAUCCUCACUGCCGCUCACUGUCUUGACCAAGCCAAGCUAUUCAAGGUGAGGGUAGGCGAUCGAAACAAGGAGAAGGAGGACGGAAACGAGACAGUGCACGAGGUGGAGGUGAUUAUAAAACACAAAGAGUUUGACAAUAAGACCUUUAACUGUGACAUCGGCCUCCUCAAGCUGAAGACGCCCAUCAAAUUCCGCAUGAACGUGGCCCCUGCUUGCCUGCCAGAGAAGGACUGGGCCGAAUCCACCCUCAUGACGCAGAAAUCAGGCAUCGUGAGCGGCUUCGGGCGCAUCCACGAGAUGGGCCGCCCAUCCGUCACCCUCAAGAUGCUGGAGGUGCCCUACGUGGACAGGAACACAUGCAAGCUGUCCACCAGAUUCAUCAUCACCUCAAACAUGUUCUGCGCCGGCUAUGACUCAAAGAUCGAGGGUGCCUGUCAGGGGGACGACGGGGGUCCCCAUGUCACCCGGUUCAAGGACACCUACUUUAUCACGGGCAUCAUCAGCUGGGGAGAAGGAUGUGCACGGAAAGGAAAGUUCGGGGUCUACACCAAAGUCACCAACUUCCUCAAUUGGAUCGAGAGGUCCAUGAAUACCAAGACCAGGCCCCAGGGUGAGCCGGAGGUCACUGCCACACCUAACAAAAAGUUCCUAUGCCCGAAGCAGGCCCCCUGGAUACAGUUACCGAAGAGGUUCCAACAGGACUUCCCCAGGGCUGCCCCGAGCGUGGUCACUGCCCCCGUCCCUCGCCUGCCCCUGUCCCUCACCCACAGCCAGCCCAGGCUCCAAUCAGAAGGCUGUGAUAAGCAGAAGGACAACCCUCCACCCUCGGAGCUGGGGUGA